AUGGCCAGCAACUACACUUUCCAAGGCUGGAUGGGGCUCGGCAAGGACUCGGCAAAAGGCAACAUGGUCUGGCAGAGUUACACCCCCAAGCCCUUUGAAGAAACCGACGUCGACAUCAAAAUCACCCACUGUGGUAUCUGCGGAUCCGAUCUCCACACGCUUCGAUCCGGAUGGGGCCCGACUCUCUACCCAGUGUGCGUGGGCCACGAAAUCGUCGGGAUCGCCGUGCGCGUUGGCUCAAAGGCGGAAAACGGCAUCAAAGUGGGCGACCGCGUGGGCGUGGGUGCUCAGAGCGGUUCUUGCCUUCGCCCGGACUGCGAUGAAUGCUCCCACGACGAGGAGAACUACUGCCAGACCAAGCAGACGGGAACCUACAACUCGAAAUGGCCCGACGGAUCCAAAUCCUACGGCGGCUAUGGCGAUUACUGGCGCGGCCAUUCCCAUUUCGUCUUCAAGAUCCCCGACGCAUUGCCCAGCGAUAUCGCGGCACCAAUGCUCUGUGGUGGCAUCACUGCCUUCUCGCCAUUGACACAGUACGGCGCUGGGCCGGGGAAACGGGUGGGUAUCAUUGGACUAGGUGGGCUGGGUCACUUUGGAGUCAUGGGUGCCAAAGCACUGAAUGUGGAUAAACUCGUCGUGAUAUCCCGCACUUCCUCAAAGAAGGCCGAUGCAUUGAAGAUGGGUGCCGACGCCUUCAUCGCUACGGCCGAAGACAAGAACUGGUCCCGCACGCACCGCAGGUCUCUGGACCUCAUCGUCUCCACCGUCUCGAGCGCAGACAUGCCUUUCCCACAAUACCUCCAACUCCUCCGCGUAGGCGGCACGUACGUCCAGAUUGGCGCUCCCGAGGAUAACAUCCCUUCCUUCAACGCCUUCGCGCUGCUCUCCAGGAAGAUCAAAAUCACGGGCUCCGGCAUAGGUUCUCCCAAGGAGAUCAGGGAGAUGUUGGAUCUGUUUGCCCGGAAGAAGGUGUGGACGUGGAACAACAACUACCCGAUGAAAGAGGCCAAUCGAGCCAUUGUGGAUAUGGAUGCCGGCAAGGCACGGUAUAGGAUUGUGCUUGUGAACGAAGCGCAUGCCAAUGAAAGUCGACUCUGA